CAUUAAGUAAAAAUAGUCAAAUUUCAGUGCAGGAUCUGGACUGUAGGUGAAAUAAUGGGCCUUGGUGUUUGACAACAGGAGAAUAAGAGGUGGUAUCAGGGUAAGCAGCAAAGAGGAAGAGGCAAUAACUCCCAAGACUGGAUGCUGACAGUCUCUGGUAACCAGAAAAGGCAAAUAUAAACAAAGAGGUGAGCGACGAUGCCUGGUGUGUUGAGAGUUGCGAAAUACAGGAAGGGUGCUGCAGCAAGGCCGCCGGUCAAAGUGGUUAACUGGGGAUCUGAGCUAGGCUGUGACGCGCGGCCCUCACGUGACCAGGAGCCUAUGUCUGCCCAAGUCCCUCUCGUCCAGGUCCUUUUUGCUUGUCCAGACACCGUCUGCCUACUGCCCUUUGGUCAAGGGGAAAAAGCAGGAGGAAGUCUGCGGGUCACAGCGGUGCGCCUCGAGGAGAGGAGGCCUAGAGCAAACCGCCAGGAGAGGUCCAGAGGAUCCUCAACAUGGAAAAAUCAUGCAAAGAAAAUGAGGAACAGCCAGAGAGCGCGCCCAAGACGGAUGAGGAACGGCCUCCUGUGGAACACUCUCCCGUAAAGCAGUCUCCGGAAGAACCGUCUUCCGAGGAGCAGUCGUCAGAGGAGGAGUUCUUUCCUGAGGAGCUCCUUCCUGAGCUCCUUCCCGAGAUGCUCGUGUCCGAGGAGCGCCCUCCUCCGGAGCGCCUUUCUAGAAGGGACCUUUUUGAAGAGCGCCCUCCCAUGGAGCAGCCUCCUUGUGGAGUGGGAAAACAUAAGCUGGAAGAAGGAAGCUUCAAAGAGAGGCUGGCUCGCUCUCGCCCGCAAUUUAGAGGGGACAUACACGGCCGAAAUUUGAGCAACGAGGAGAUGAUAAAGGUGGCAGAGGAGAUGGAAGAAAUGAAAAGAGUACGAAACAAACUAAUGGUCAUGCAUUGGAAGGCGAGACGGAACCGUCCUUAUCCUAUUUAAUGUGUUCGGCCUUUAAUUGUUUCCCCUGAUAGAAGGUUGCCACCUGAACUUUGUUUGAUUUUCUCAUCUCAUGCACUUUCCCCAUCUCAAUUUUAACUUUUUGCGUGGCUUUAUUUUAGGAGUUUUGCUUGUAACUGGCAUAAAAUUGGGUUUUCCCCACCCACAAGCUGCAAGUCUCCCUCUCACCCAUUUGCAUGAAAAGGUGUACAUUAUAUAUUGUGAAGUGAAAACAAUUUUCAAAAAGUAUAUGUAGCAUCCCAUUUUGUAAAAAAUGUAUAUUUGUAUAUUAUUAUGCAAAGAAAAAACUGAAAGUAUAUACUUAAAUGUCUUAACAGUGGCUAUCCAUGUGGUAAGAUAACAGGUGUUUUGGUUUUUCAUUUUGCUUAAUGGGAGCUUCUCAUUUUUCAAGACAAACAUUUUGCUUUUGUUGAAAAAAACAAUAUGGGGAAAAAUUUAAAAACUGUCAAUCAACUUAUAAAAACAAUGUGGCACUUAAUAAAUACUUGUCAGAACUUUAAAGAAAAGUAAAUCCCAUGUUUCCUUUAAAUCUCUUAGGCAGAAAAACCAGGUACUUCUACUUAAA